UACAAAGAUGAAAACAUUUCACUGCAGCUGAAGGACUUGGGAAGCUAUGUACCUAUACUAUAAGCACUGUGUAUGCAACCUCUAGAGAGAGACAAUCGUUCAGGGUGAUCGCAGUGGAAACAGGCUACCUACAUAAAACAUGAUUUCAAGAGGUUAUCUCUGUUACCAACGAGCUUCUACUGCACCAACAGUAGCAGCUCAUCUCUGUAACAAGUAUCAGGUAAUGAGUAGCAGCUCUUCAGGCCAGCCGUGCACGCACUGUGACGAGGCGCGCAGGCUGUCAGCCACGCACCACUGCUCGGUUUAAAGCCAGCGGAUUUGGGAUUAAAUAUCUUGGGAGAGAGCCGAUGAGCCUCGAGUGAGGGGGAGCUGAUUUUUAUCUUAUAGCGAGCGAGAAGGGGGAGGAGGCGCGGAGAAUGAGUUGUUCUUGUGUGUGCGCAAAGCCUGUUUGCUGCUAGGUUUAGUAGCCCAAGCGUAGUGAAAGGCUCCGACCCAAGUAGAUCGGCUCCUGCGGUGGUAACGACACCGAGCCCUUCAGAAAGACCCAGUUCCUGUCAGGUUGCACAGCGAACAGCCCUCCUCUGUUGGACAUGAAAGUGCAGCAAGGCUGCAACUCAUCAGACAUGGGGAUACCGGUUACAACCGAAGAAGAAUUACGCAGAAAUACUGUAAUAACGCCCGAGGACGUGCUUGGGUUGCAGAAGAUCACCAAGAACUAUCUUUGUUCUCCAGAAGAAAAUGUCCACAUGAUCGACUUCACCAGGUUUAAGAUCCGUGACAUGGAAACAGGGACAGUGCUGUUCGAGAUUACUAAACCUCCAACGCCAGUGGGAGGUAAAAAGCACUGUGAGCCCAACGCUGGCCGUUUUGUCCGAUACCAGUUCACCCCAGCCUUUCUGCAGCUGCGGCAGGUUGGAGCCACAGUGGAGUUCACAGUGGGAGACACCCCCAUCAACAACUUCCGUAUGAUUGAGAGACACUACUUCCGUGACCAGCUGCUCAAGAGUUUUGAUUUUGAGUUUGGCUUCUGCAUGCCCAGCAGCAAGAACACAUGCGAGCACAUCUACGAGUUCCCCGCACUGUCCGAGGAGCUCAUGCGUGAGAUGAUCCUGCACCCUUACGAGACGCAGUCUGACAGCUUCUACUUUGUGGACAACAAACUGGUGAUGCACAACAAGGCAGAUUAUUCCUACAGUGGGGGGUCAUAGGAGGACCUCCACCCUUUACUCCUCCCCGUUUUAGAUGUUACCCAUGAUCCAGGUAUCACUUCAGGGCCAGAAACAGAUGAACUGAUGGACAAAUCACUGGCAUUAAACUCUGGUUUCUCUAAUGUCAGCUGCGUGACCAGUAGAUUUCUCCCUUUGUAGGAAGUCUGCCAGCUUUAUCGUCAGAUUGUAUCAGUGUGUGGGCAGCAAACACAUGCAGUGUCUGUACAUAUUGUUGAUUUCAGUCUGUAUACGUGGGCUCCACUUGGUCAUCAGGAAUUAAUUUAGGCUACAGUACAUUUCGUGUGUUUUUAUAGCCGUUAAUAAGACAAAAAGAAGACUGAGUCUUGUUUGUCCUGAAACACACCAUGAGGCAAAGACAAAAUGACGUAGCCCCAGAAAGAUUUAACAAUAAUUAUUCCACGCAAAUAUGUAUAUAUUUACAUAUAUAGUUUGUAUAGGAAUCUCAUGACAUUUUUACUCCUUAGGUUUCUUCAGUUUGUAGUAGCAAACAUCUGAAUGAUUCAGUCUGUGAUGUGUGAUUGUUUAUUUGAAUGAAAGAGAUGUGUAUUUUGUCUGUGAAUGUGUUUAAUUUUUAAAUAAAUAGCCAUUUUGAAGUGUCAGAAAACACACAUUAGUCAGAAAUCAGAUUCCAAUUCUGAUAUCCAGUGCUUUGUCUGUAAUACUGGACGCUGUGUUACGAUAAAAGUUUUAAAGGUAACAUUUAAGAGUAUGUAAAGUGUUCACAACUGAAAUUCCAUCAUGGCAAUAAA